AUGCCCAUUGAGAAAGCGGUUCUCGCUGUGACCUCCGCGGCCAGAAAAUUAAGACCGUACUUCCAAGAGCACCCCAUCACGGUGCUGUCACACCUCCCUCUCAAAAGUAUCAUGAGGGGCAUGGACGCCUCAGGCCGGCUAACCAAGUGGGCAAUUGAACUGAGCGAAUAUGACAUCGAGUAUGCCCCAAGGCUAGCCAUCAAAGGGAAAGUACUGGCGGAUUUCAUCGCCGAGGGAUUCUCUCUCGAAGCCGCACCCUCGGAGGAGAGCAAUCAAGUGUGGCGUCUAUUCAUAGACGCCGCAGCGGGAAAAACCGCCUCAAUGGCAGGGAUCGUCAUCGAGUCACCCGAGGGGGUAGUACAUGAAGUCUCUUUGAGGUUUGAAGAGAUUAAGACCAACAAUGUCGCCGAAUACGAGGCACUGAUCAAUGGGAUCCGAAUGCUGUCCACCGUAGGGGCAACUGACGUGCAUAUAUUCUCUGACUCUCUCCUGGUUUUCAAAUAG